GAGUAGACCACAGCCAGUUUAUUUGCGAUGACUUAGUUGGUCUGCCGUCUUCCUCACUUCAGCCUCCUUGCGCCAUGGCAUCCAAACCUGAACCGAGCCGUGCUGAAGCAAGCCCGUCACGAAACAAAUCCAGAACAUCAUCCCCUCUGGUGACGAGAACCCCAGCACAGUCUCCGUUGCUUUCUCGAAAGUCUCCUUUACGAUCUACGAAUGGCGUGAAGCCUAGGACACUGUUUGUUAAAGGCCAGGAUGACAAGAACUCGAACAUCCAGAACUAUGCGUCGAACCCGCUAAAGCUGGAGACAGAUCGCUUGGAGAAUGAGCUGAAAGUCAAGAGCUUGGAACUCGAGAAGAUCGCAGCAGAGGCGAAAGGCUUGAAGCUUUUGAAUAAGUCGAUGGAAAAGGCUGUAUAUGGGCUCACCGACGAGGUUGCGAAAUUGAAGCAGAAGUUGGAAACUGCGGAGCAGCAGUCAGACGCUAAGACCCUUGAGCUGAAGAAGUCCAACGAUAUGCGUAAAGCUGCUCAGGCUGCGCAGCAGGCAGCUGAAGCCACGGUUAGGCGCCUGCAAGCUGCUCAAAAAGGGAAGCAGGGCCCGGCUUUGGACGAAGUGAUUGCUGCACUGGAAGCGGAGUUGAAGCUGUCGCAGAAAGAGGUUUCGAGACUGCAAGAGGACAACAGGGCUCAGGAUCGUCUCAUGCGUACUAAAGAAGCUGCUCUCCUUGACGCUGAGAAGGCUGUGGAGGCUGCAAAUGCAAAAGCAGCUCAAGUGGAUGAAUGCAUGAAUAAGAUUGCUGAGUUGACUCGCCAGCUCAAUGCACAGCAGGAUGAGAACAAGACGCUAGACCGCAUGUUCAAGCAGAAGGUGGACGAAGUAAAGAAGCUUACGUCUCAAGUUGACUCUCUCAACGAGGCCGUGACUGCUGCCCAGGGUUAUACAAGUGUUAUCAAGGACUACCAGCGACAACUGUUGGAGUUGCAGGCCACCCACAAGAUCACCUUAGACGAGCUGGCUCGCGCCAAGAUUGCAGCAACCCGCGUUGCUUCUGCUGUUGCUAACGAAUGGAAGGAUGACAAUGACAAGGUUAUUCCCGUAAAGCAGUGGCUUGAGGAGAGGCGCGUUAUGGUGGGAGAGGCGGAAAAGCUUAAGGAGAAGCUGGCUCACGCGGAACGUGCAGCGAAGUAUGAAGCACAGAUGAAGGAAAAGUCCCAGACGAGACUUAAAGUUCUGGAAGAGUGCUUCAAGCUUGGUGUACCACUGAGGUCCUCGCUAACUGGCAGGAUGUCACCCGGCAGGCUCUCGCUCUCAUCCUCAACCUUGAAGCUUCCCAAGCAAGUUGUCCCCCUCAAUGUUGACCCUGAACGCAUGAGCACCACGUCGUCGGACCACGAGCCGAUUCCCGAGAUCGAUUACCAGCCAAGUCCAAAACGAGCUGACGAGGAUGACAAGGUCCCUGGAGCACUGUAUGACGUGAUGCAACGGGAGGUGGUUGUGUUGAGGAAGACUGUUUCUGAAAGGGAACAGAGUCUGAAGGACAAGGAUGAUGCAAUCGAGAUGCUGUCGAAGAAGGUGGAGACGCUGUCAAAGGCUAUGGAUGUGGAGACCAAGAAGGCUCGUCGAGAGAUCACCAUGCUUGAGAAGGAACUAUCCGUGUUCAAGUCUGAACCACUUGGGCGAACUCCGGGGCGCCGUUCAUCGGUCAUCGGUGUCCGCCAACCAUUGAUAUCAUCAACAUCUGCAAGGUGAAGAAAGUUUCAAAGACAAGCUCGAUUGUGGCCUUAAGAAGUUCACAGCACCGCCAUUCGUUAGGAGUGUCCAAGCUGCAGUAGUUUCAUUGAUAUGCUGACCCAGUAGUGUGGAAUAAGGGUAAAGUUGGCUCAGGUGCACCAGCCAGCCAACAACCCACACAGGUAGUAGUGGUAGCUAACUUCUGUAUAGUACCGUAUGUAGGUGUUUACUGAUAGUCGAAUGAAAAGCUUGACACCAA